GCAGGGAGACGGCACUGGAAAUUAAAAAAUAAAAAUAAGUUCUUAGAUUCGUAUUCUUCGUUUAACGUUGAUUGAAGUUGACACGUGCGUGUCGUGGUAAAAGAUGACACACAAACAGAGAGUUAACUUUUCCACCGCAGUGAUGGUGGAAAUGACAAAUAUCAGACAUUUAAACUCAAGUUUUGACUUUGAAAAUGAAGCUCAACCGAGGUACGUCCAAAGGCGCGUCCUGAUCGACACGGGAGAAGCCGCCGUUCCUGAGUACAUCUCCAGCCUGAAGCAGACGCUGAGCCGCUACAACAGCAGCAUCCAGGAGAUCGUCGUCACGCACUGGCAUCACGACCACAGCGGAGGCCUCGACGAUAUUCGUCGACACGUCACGGGUUCCGAGGUGCGGGUCAGCAAACUCCCUCGCCCCGACCACGCCAAAGAGACGGGCGGAGAAAGGAGCUACACCUACCUGAAAGAUGGGGACGUGGUCCAGACAGAGGGGGCGACACUCAAAGUCCUCUUCACUCCCGGUCACACCGACGACCACAUGGCACUGCUGCUGGAAGAAGAGGGGGCAGUCUUUUCUGGAGACUGCAUCCUGGGUGAGGGCACGGCCGUGUUUGAGGACCUCCACGACUACAUGAAGUCCCUGGACGUCCUGCUGCAGCUGCGGGUCGACCUGAUUUACCCCGGGCACGGCCCCGUGGUUCAUGACGCUGCCUCCAAGAUCACGCACUACAUCAGUCACCGCCAGCAGAGGGAGCAGCAGAUCCUGGAGGCAGUUCUCGAUGCAGACGGGAAACCAUUAACGUCCAUGGAGCUGGUGAAGGUCGUGUACAAGGACACCCCUGAACAUCUGCACCAGGCUGCCAACGUCAACCUGCUCCACCACCUGAGGAAACUGGAGAAGGACGGAAAGAUCAGCUCAGGUGAGUGGACCACACCUGACCGCGGGCGCCGGGUUUUCACCAGACUACCGCGCUCUUUUCUCUCUCGUCAGUUACAGAGUCGUCAAACAUGAAGUGGAGGAGCAACCUGUGACUGAAACAGUUUGUGGAACUUCUCUGAUCCGGACCUUUGACCUCUCUGACUUUUGGUCACAUGGCUGCGGCGGUGGGUCAGUUUGGGCCAGUAAUGCUUGCUAAAGAUGCAGUACCAACUUCGAACAGCAGGAGGCAGCAUUCUCACAGAAGUAAACAAGAGAAUGUUUGAAAUCUGAAUUAAAGAAUACAAAUCUAAA